AAGUCUUAAGUCAAACAUACCGUUAAAAGGCCACCACUCCCUUCUCCUUCCUUUGCUUCUCUUCUACUCCCCUCGUUCUUCCUCUCUCUUUUUGGCGGGAAGUGGACCCCGCCAAUCAAAUUUCCUCCUUCCGCCGGUCUCUUUCUCAUAAAUACCCGCAGCACCACCCCACCCACACCUCCAACCACCCUCUCUCUCUCUCUCUCUCUCUAAACAUGUACUUCAAUUAAAACCCGCAAUCUCCAUCUCCUCCCAUUUCUCCGGCCAAAUUAUGGAACCUUCCAGUUUCUCCGCCCUCCUCAUACUCCUCCUCCUCGUCGACACCACACUCUCACUCAACUCCGACGGCCUCUCCCUCCUCUCUCUAAAAUCCGCCGUUGACCAGCCCGCCGACGGCUCCGCCUUCUCCGACUGGCUCGACACCGACCCCACCCCAUGCCGCUGGACCGGCAUUUCCUGCAUGAACAUCUCCGGCUUCCCUGACCCCUGCGUCGUCGGAAUCGCCAUAUCCGGGAAGAAUCUCCGGGGCUACAUUCCCUCCGAGCUCGGCAACCUAGUAAACCUCCGCCGCCUCAACCUCCACGACAACAACUUCCACGGCUCAAUCCCAUCCCAACUCUUCAACGCUACCUCACUCCACAGCAUCUUCCUCUACGGCAAUAACCUCUCCGGCCCGCUUCCACCGUCGAUCUGCAACCCCCCGCGUCUCCAGAACCUCGACCUGUCCAACAACUCCCUCUCCGGUCCGCUCCAGAAAGACUACUUGAAGAACUGCAAGCAAUUGCAGCGGCUGAUCCUCGCGAGAAACAGAUUCGACGGAGAAAUUCAGGCGGGAAUUUGGUCCUGCAUGGAGAAUCUAAACCAAUUGGAUCUCUCCUCAAACGAGUUAACCGGAUCGGUGCCGGACGAUUUCAGCGAGUUGAAGUCUCUGUCGGGCGCGCUCAACCUAUCGUACAAUCACUUAUCGGGAAAGAUUCCGAAAUCCCUCGGCGAUUUACCCUUGACGGUGAGCUUGGAUCUCCGAAACAACAAUUUCAGCGGCGAGAUUCCUCAAACGGGGUCGUUUUCGAACCAAGGCCCCACCGCGUUUCUGGACAACCCUCUGUUAUGCGGGUUUCCGCUUCAGAAAACUUGUAAAAAUCCGGGACAGAGCUCCGCGGAUAAUCCGAAUUCGGGAUCAGGAUCGGAAAAUAGUCCGGUAAAGGGUAUGAGUCCGGGUCUGAUUAUCCUAAUCUCGGUGGCGGACGCCGCCGUAGUGGCGUUUAUCGGAUUAGUCAUCGUUUACAUUUACUGGAAAAAGAAAGACGACGAGAACGGAUGCAGUUGUACGGGAAAGAGCAAAUUUGGCGGCAACGAGAAGCGCCACCUCUGUAAUCUCUGUCAUCUCUGUUCUUGCGCUUGCAUCAAUGGCGGGUUCGGGAACCAGGAUUCGGAUUCGGGCGACCCGGAAAAGGCAGAGAGGGGAAAAGGGGAGGGGGAUCUCGUCGCGAUCGACAAAGGGUUCACAUUCGAGCUGGACGAGCUGUUGAGGGCGUCGGCGUACGUGCUGGGGAAGAGCGGACUGGGGAUCGUGUACAAAGUGGUGCUCGGGAAUGGAAUCCCGGUAGCGGUGAGGAGGUUGGGGGAGGGCGGGGAUCAGAGGUAUAAGGAGUUCGCGGCGGAGAUUCAGGCGAUCGGGCGGGUGAAGCAUCCGAAUGUGGUGAAGCUGAGGGCGUACUAUUGGGCGCCCGACGAGAAGCUUCUCAUCAGUGAUUUCAUUUCUAAUGGCAACUUGGCCACCGCACUCCGCGGGAGAAUCGGUCAGUCAUCAUCAAGCCUCUCAUGGACAACGAGGCUAAAGAUCGCCAAGGGAACAGCCCGAGGUCUCGCCUACCUGCACGAAUGCAGCCCCAGAAAGUUUGUCCACGGUGACAUCAAACCCUCCAACAUUCUCAUCGACAACGAAUAUCAAGCCUACAUUUCCGAUUUCGGACUCAACAGGCUGAUCACAAUCACAGGCAACAACCCCUCCUCGGGUGGCUUCAUGGGCGGGGCUCUCCCUUACAUGCAACCAGUCCAAACAGAGCGAUCAAAUAGCUACCGUGCCCCGGAGGCCCGUGUCACGGGCAGCAAACCCACCCAAAAAUGGGACGUGUACUCGUUUGGUGUUGUGUUGCUUGAAUUGCUCACAGGGAAGUCCCCGGAGCUCUCUCCGACCGCGUCAACUUCGGCCGAAGUCCCAGACCUGGUGAGCUCUGUGAGGAAAGGGUUCGAGGAUGAAAACCCUUUGUCGGAUAUGGUAGACCAUGUGUUGCUGCAAGAAGUGCAUGCCAAAAAGGAGGUGCUUGCAGCUUUCCAUGUAGCUCUUGCAUGCACUGAGCCGGACCCUGAGGUUAGGCCAAGGAUGAAAACCGUCUCUGAAAAUCUUGAAAGGGUUGGAACAUGAGGAUCGAUACGUAUACGUGGUCGGGAGAUAAUUUCCGCACUUUCCUUUUGUCCCGCUGCACUUCUCCUUGUUUUUCGAGCUUCUAUAUUGAAUAUAAAUUAAAAAAGAAUCAAGGGACAAAAAUAAAAAGAGUAAUGCAGCGGAUGGAAAUCAUUUCUCCAAAUAUAAUCAUGAAGUUUGACGUUCUCCCGACGGAUUUGAAGAUUUGGUUUUGUCAGAUGGUGAAUUUUGGUUUGAAGAAUCAAUUCGUUCAUGAAGAACCCCAUUUAUUUUUUGGAAGCCAAGCAAAUCCCCAUAGCAUAAUUUUGUUAUACAAUAUUUAUUUAAAAUUGAUAAUUAAGAAUUCGCUGCAUUUUUGUAGUUUAAAAUGUUUAGUUUCUGCCAAUUUCUAUUAGCUUGUAAUAAUAAUGUACCUUUUCUCCAGUUUCCCCCUCAAUUAAUGCGUUGUAUAAUGUA